GGAGGCCACGUAGGCCUGGGGAAGGAUUUUGCCGGCGUACCCGGAAUGGUUUCCUCAGCUUUGGUUGGGCGGGGGAGGGUAGCGCAGCGGCGCGUUCUGGGAGCCGAAGAGACCGAGAUCUUCCCGGGCUCUUGAGAGUGUUACCUCUUUCGCGGCAACAAUGGCUCGGGUGUCUCGCUCGCGCGGCCCGGAGUGGGAAGCGUCGCAGUUCGUCGAAGAGCCCCGAGCCCGCGGGGCGGCCGCUCUCGUUCGCACUCUUGCUCUCGGCCCGGGGACCGGAAUGGCCUCGGCCAUCAGCUGGGUGGCCUCAGCCGAGGCUCCCGAAACCAGCUCUGCGGCCCUGGCUUGCGGUGUCGUUCGCGAGAGCUGCCCUCGGCACCUCGGUGCUCCCCUUCCGCUUCUGCGUCCUCGUCCGCUGAGCGCUGCCGCCACUCGCGCCGCUGCGGGAGCGACGAGCCGGGACCCAGCCUCCUGGACCGGGAGGAGCCUGGCAGUUUCACAUGAGGAAGACAGCAUGAAGAAAGCCAAGAACUCCAUUAAGAGAUCACUACGUAAACCCAGGAGAAGCAAGCCACCAAAACUUCAGUUUUUCUUUUCCUCUGAGUUUGCUUUGCCUGCUUGAGAAAGCAGAGGCCUGCGCCUCCCAAGCCCUGGCCAGAUCUGACUGUGAGCCCAGCCCGUGGCCUUAGGCCGCCAGCACUGCUUUCCAGACCCCGCCACCAGGUCUGCAGCCCGCGUCCAUCACUGCCCUCACACACGCUCUCUGCAGCAAAGCUAAUAAUAAGCUCAUCCUGAUUUUUCCUCCUACCAAUACUUCCUUGAUGCAACCUAAGGUUUUCUGUGAUCUCAGGUAGUCACCUCUUGAUUCCAUGACCUAGAAAUAAGUCAUCCCUGCUUGAGGAAAUGAAAAGGUACUUCAGAUUAACACAGGUCCAACUCUACCCUGAAUUGACAGCCACCCCACCAGCACCAAAAAGUUCCACAAAACCCACUUGUUCCUAAUUGUACCAUCAAAAGGGAAAAAAGUCCUUAGAUGAGAAGUUCCUCAAGAGAAUAUUCAUUUAUGCAUUUGGUAGUUUCAUAACAUUGAUUUUGUGUGAUAUCUCCAAGGCAUAUUUUGACAAUAUAUUAGAAUUCUCAUUUUCACCCUUUUUGGGUCAGUGGAAUUUUAUCCAUAAUUGUUCUUUUUUGUUUUUGUUUUCUUAGACAACUUUAGGGCUACCACUCCCUACCUUGCUUUACCAAAUGCUGAAAAACAACAGCAGGAGGACUUGAACUUUAAGCUGUCAACCCCAUCUGUCUCAUUGCAACUAAACAGAUGCUAGUUACUCCUAUAGUGUGUUCUCUGGACCAAUUACUCCCUUGCCCCAGUGCUGAAAUGUUUACAGAAUCACUCAUUUUACCUCAGAGUUUAUGCUUGGUUUUGAAUAUUUUAAAUAAUUUAGCACUGUUGAACCCUCUUAUAACCCAGCUUCUCAGUGUAUUAAUGUAAAUACUUCCAGGUCAGAUUGAGUCCCAACAUGACUGCAUGGAAGAUAGAAGUAUUGCUUUAAGGAGGGCUAACAUCCUCCCUAAAGGAUACUUGUGUUAGGAGGACUUGAAUUUUAUUGGAAAAAACACAUAUCUAUAUAUUCAGAUGGAUAGAUACCAUAGGUGUAGGAAAAGUGGCUCUGUUCUAUUUUUUCUUCUUUGGGAAUGAUGGGCAGUUUCCAUAAACUGGAAUUUACUGAUCCCAUUUACUACGUACCCUUAAAGCCCCCAAAGUUCAAAAACUUAUUUUCCAAUCAUGGAAAAGGCAAUAAAAACAAACCAACGUGAGAAUGUCCAUGACAAAGAUGUCCAAGUCCCAAAGCAGGUUUUAGGAUGGCUGCCCUGCCAGGUUGUUUUUUUCAGGUUUACUCACCUGCACCUUGGCUUCAGUAUCAUCCAUGUGUCUUGCAAGCUCCUUUCUGAGAGAAGAAAAUCACAAAUGUUCAGUAUUCUGAGAUGUGGAUGAAAUUAAAUAUAUGGAUGUUAUUUCAUUGUUGUUUUAAAUUUUCUAUCCCCUUCAUGCCCCCCACCACAGUACACUUAUCUGUAAUACCCAGCUCCAGGCUCGCCUUAGCAGGUGGUUUUCCCUUCCACGCAAAAUUUAAUGGGACACCAAAAAAAUCAGUAAUCAAGAUAAAUAAUGUUUUAGUGUAGUAUUUAACAAAUACCAAAAUUAGUGCAAAAAUAGCCCAUGAUGAAAAUAUUACCAAAAUUUAAACAUAGGUAGAAUCUGACCCUGCACUUGCUCCACCGUGCCUCAUGCACGGUUCCAACAAAACGUUAUUUACAAAACGGGCCUCCGGCCAAAGUUUCCCUACUUGAUGGAUUUAAAUACCGCAUGAAAAUAUUUACCUUGAUGCCCGGUAGGUAUUGCCCCCACCCCAGAGUCCUGGGGGAGGGGGCCCUGGUGGCCUUGGGCCCUCUAGGUGGCUUUUGGCUCAGACUCCGGAAGAGAGCCAGAGACAACCGAGCCCCCUGGAGAGCUAGGCACCUCCAAGGCUAGCCGCGUACUUGGGGAACACGGCGGGGUAUCCAGUGCGGUGUAAAAGGCUCUCCAUCCGUAGCUGCAAAGGGGUGAAUGUGAUGCGGUAGAAGCGCCGCUACCUGUCCCCAGGCUUCCGCCCCUCAGGGACCUGGGGAGGUCAGCUCCUGCUGCUGCUGCUUUGUGGGCUCCUGGCCACCGCCUCCUUGUCCUCCCCCGCCCCAGUUCGGACCACACUGCCUCCUCUUCACCUCCCGCUACCAUCCAUCGCUGAGAUCACGGAGGGCUUCAUAUCUGAAAAGGGGGAAAGGCAAAGAGAGCGCCUAUAGGGAGGCGAAGGGCCGUCACUGAGCCGCAGCAGCGUCCCGUCCACUCGCCUCUCCCAGGGAAAGGGCAUUUCCUGGGCUUCGCCAAAGCACCUGUCCGGGUCCGGGCACUGGCCUUGUGGUUCUUCCCGGUCUUCACCGACUCAGGCUAUGAUAGCCAGUAUCAUCAAGGCUACUCCACUGCCCCGCCCCCAUACGAGCCGAGGCUCCACGUGUUGAGUGCUGUGGAUAAAGCUGCGCUGGGAUCUGUGGCGAUGCCCUCGUCGGGGGGAUAGAGCGAGGGCCAGUGGCCAGGUCAGGUCCUCUUUUUGGCGCCUGGUCCCGGUUAUAGCGUGUCUGUCGCAGGUGCAGUGCGUACCCGCUCAUGGUUAGGUGCCCGCCCCCACCUGGCCUGCAGUGGGUGGGACCCGCUGAGGCGUGCACGAGGCCAGGGAGUGACCGUAGAGGGGUGCCAACUUGAGGCUGGGGAGGGGCAUGGGAAUGAGACCUCACUCACCCCCGGGGCCCGGGAAAAAUGUUGGGAGAACAUCUCUCGGCCUGGCCCCUCGAUGGGCGCAGGCUCGUUGCCCUUAGUUACCCCGGAGCGAGAGACACAGAGGUGGGGCUGGAGAAAGUGCGCGGGGCCCCAGCAGCCCCAGCCCGGUCACCACCCCUUGUCGUGUGGGCUCUGAGCACGACUCUCCCCCUAACCCCCCGAAAGUCGGUAACUAAUGGAUGGGACUCUGGUUCUGUUACAUUCGCCCGCAAAGUCCACGAAUCGGGCUAGUGGUUCAUAUGAAAUGAUCAGGGAGCUGCUUGCUCUGGCUCCCUGGGGCGCAUUAUAGUGGGAGCUUGGGGCUGUGUUUGCAGAGCACUCUGUGUGCUCAGAUGCCUGCUGCAAGAAACCCAACCUGUCCCUUGCCGAAUGCAACAAGUACUCCAGAUUUGUACUAACCCACGUCAGAGUGCAAGUGUAGAACCCUGCCAGUGAUCAGUGCUCCCAAGAACGUUUACAGUGGAAGGGGCCCUUCCUUCGACUUUGGACGUAACUGUGGAGCUAUGCAUCGUCCGCUGGACUCUGCUCCACACCUCUGGCUGCAGGUGCCCUACAUAGGCGCAUGUUUGCCCUUUACUUGGGCCUGUAUUGUAGACCAGGGAGAGUUUCCAUCUUCCCCAUGCCGCCCUUUUCUCCUGCACCCCAUCUC